UGAGUAUUCGUCGACAGCGGGAUCUGAUCUGAUAUACGAUGGCCAUGUUUCCUCCUGUGGAAGACUCUGUUCUUCAGAAUAAUCCUGAUUUUUUGAAUCUCUAUAAUAAACUCACAAAUCUUGUACUUAAUCCUGAUGGAACGACUAAGCAGGACCCUAGAGCUAAAGAGCGGGCUGCAGUUCGAGAGGAACUCAACCGCAGGCGCCUUGUCUGCGCAAAACAGCAUCUCUUAACUCGCGCCAUCUCAUCGGCAACUCCAUCAAGCACACCGCCCGCAACAAGAGCUUCUUCCCGCCUAAGAGCACCUCAAAAUCAACAACCUACAGAGUCAAGAUCGCAAUUGAAGCAACAGUCUUCGCUUCCAGAGCCUCUACUGGAUCUUCUUCUCCUUCUUCCUCAACUUCUCGACCCCAACAAUCCGCCUCUUCCUCAGGAUACCCUCCAGCUCCUAUUCGCCCAUCCUCCCCUUUCAGACCUAGAGACUCUGCUUCCAGCUCUUGCGCCAGUCAUCGCAUCGAAUUUACGGACAUGGGCAUUAGGUCUUGCACGGAUCGCUCAUCCGUCUACGAAUCCAUCCUUUCUUCAUCGACAUAUUGCUUCGCUACCAGCCACCCUCACGUCCUGGCGUUCUGACCUCGCAGCUGCGGAAGCAGAUCUGAGGACUCACCGGUUACGCUCCCUGGCCGCGUUGACAACUCUUCUCCAGUCCGCAAGCAAUGCUCUGGGUCUUCUCGUCCGCGCUCUUGAAGUAAAGCACGGCGUUGUAGCCCGCAGUCUUGAGCUCCGCGCCGCAGAUGUCGCCCUUCAAGCUCGUCGUCACGAUGCGGAUGCUGCUAUAGCCGCCGCCUCUGUGCGCCGCGCGGUCUACACACCCGAAGCAAUUGCUGCUCUAAAGAACUAUGGCGCGCAUUUGCGCGAUGCUAGAAUGCGAGGCGAGGAACGCAUUCGCGGUCUACAGGCUGAGUUGGGAGAGUACGGCGUCGGUGUUGAUGGCGGAGAGACAAAGGAGAGGAAAAUGAGGGAGAUGUCGAGGGUGUAUCGGGACAUGGCGAGACAAAUGGAUGAAGUGAAAAGAGACCUGGACCGACUGAACCAGGGUUAACAAGAGGUGGUCAUUGUCAGACACAAUGUGUUUCAGUCUAUUCACGCUGUAUGAAAGAUAAUGAUGGCACAAGAGCUGCGCGAAUGGCCAGCAUAACUUAGACCCAAUACCUAAUUAGAUCGAAUGCAUAUAUUUUCACAUUUUAUACUCAGUGUAAGGCGC